UCACAUGUGUUGUCUAUGUUUUUUGUAUUCAAUAUAUAAACGCAAAAAGCAUUUGUUUUUUAUAUAAUUUAAUUCAAACAUCACUUCAAUUGAUUUAAUCAAUAAUCAUCACCACUGAAGAAGACCGACGACGACGAAGACAUGUCCGACGAUGAACUUAGUUAUGUUAAGCGACAAAAAGUCAUACAUUAUGGCAGUAUUGAAGACAAAGAAAGGGAACGAAUAGCGACAAUCAAAGACCGACAGACCACUGCCUCCGCAUCCGUCGUCGUCAGCGCCGCCGCCGCUGUUGGCAACAAAAAUGACGAUUAUUAUGAUUUAGAGAAAGAGGUCUUAAGUAAAGAUAAACAAUUGGUUUUGGAAGACUUUGAACGCAGAAAGAAGGCCCGACAGAUACAUGUGUCCACCGAUGAUAUCGAAGUCAGGGCUCACUUAAGACAAAUCAAUGAACCGAUUUGUCUGUUCGGUGAGGGACCAGCCGAUAGACGGGAACGGUUGAGACAGUUAUUGGCCCGAUUGGGUGAAGACGCCAUCAGAAAGAAGAAAGAGGAUGAAAGAGGAGAUCAGAAAGAGACAUCCCAGACCUGGUACCACGAAGGACCCGAAUCGCUACAUUCGGCUCGACUAUGGAUUGCAGAAUAUUCCAUACGAAAAGCCAAUGAAAGACUCCAAAAGACACGAGUUUUUAGACAGACUCCCGAAGAAGCCCGAGCCGCCGCUUCCCAGGAGUUGUACAAACAUUUGGGCGGAAUUGAGAUCAGUUGCAGUCAAUUGGGUGACACCAGACCGCUGUCAAGUUGUCAGUUUAGUCCCGAUUGUUCACUAAUUGCCACUUCUUCAUGGAGUGGUUUAUGUAAACUAUGGACAAUGCCUGACCUCAAACUGAGAUCAACAUUAAGAGGGCAUAAUUGUAAUGCCGGACACAUAGUAUUUCAUCCAAAGUCAACCAAAAGCCAGUCAGAAGAGAGCCUAAACCUGGCCUCAUGUGGUGUCGAUGGUUCUGUGCUUCUGUGGAAUCUUAAAAGUGAAGAACCAAUGGGUAACCUUCCGGGACACGAACCGAAUCGUGUCAGUCACAUGGAAUUCCAUCCGAGCGGUCGCUUUUUGGCCACGUGUUGUUACGAUCAUUCGUGGCGUUUGUGGGAUCUGGAGGCCGAAGAGGAAGUACUCCAUCAAGAAGGCCAUAGUAAACCUGUUCACGAUUUAUCGUUUCAAUGCGACGGCUCAUUGAUAGCUACUGCCGGACUCGAUUCGUUUGGUCGGGUUUGGGAUCUCAGGACAGGCCGUUGUAUAAUGUUUAUGGACGGACAUCUUAAAGGAGUUCUGGCCAUUGAUUUCUCGCCAAAUGGCUAUCAAAUUGUUACCGGAAGUGAAGAUAAUAGCGUAAAAGUAUGGAAUCUUCGCGAAAGAAAACUCGAGUACACAAUAGCCGCCCACACGAACAUCAUAUCGAAAGUAAUGUUCGAGAAGACAAUCGGUAACUAUAUAAUGACCGCAUCGUAUGACAAUACUGUCAAACUGUGGGCACAUCCCGGAUGGACACCAAUCAAAACGCUUAGCGGACACGACGGCAAAGUAACGGCAGUGGAUGUGUCGCCAGAUAAUGAAAAUAUUAUUAGUUCAUCGUUUGAUCGGACAUUUAAAUUGUGGCAAAAAGAGUGAAGUUUUUAAAAAAUAUUAUAUAAACCAUUGU